UCUGAUCACAGGUUGUAAUACUCGAACUUCAACAUAGUUAGUUCAUUUCACUGUAUUUUUUCCAGCGUCUUUAACCAUGAUUUCCAUUCCAUCUGCAGGUGGAUAUGAUAAGCUCGAAUACAAGGAGCUUUCAGAAGGUGAAUUUACCGAAGGUGCUAACAUCAAAACGAGCGAAGACUUCACAGAAGACGAUCUCGUUGUUGUGAAGACUUAUGCAAGCGGUGUGAACUACGCCGAUGUUUGCAUUCGCUGGGGCGUAUACGAGUCAGCUAAGAGAUUUGUUGGAUGGCCGAUUACUCCUGGAUUUGAGUUCAGCGGAGAAGUCGAAAGCAAAGGCAAAAAUGUGACGAAGUUUGAAAUUGGUCAAAAAGUAUUCGGAGUGUCGCAAUUUGGAGCCUACUCGAAGCGGGUCAGAGUACCUGAGCAUCAGAUAUUUCCACUGCCGGAAAAUCUCAACAUGAACGAAGCAGCUGGCUUCAUUACCGUGGGUUUGACAGCUUGGUAUGGGUUAUUUGAACUUUCAAGACCCAGGGGUGGAAGCUGGUUACUCGUUCACUCUGCCGCUGGAGGAGUGGGUAGUAUGCUGGUUCAACUCGCAAAGAUCCAUGGUUGUCACGUGGUGGGCGUAGUUGGGGGAAGUCAUAAGGUGAACAUGGCCAAAGAAUUAGGUAAGUUAAAAUCCACUGCUGAAAUAACAUACUUUAGCACUUUUUUGCAAGAAAUAAACUAUAGAGUUUGAAACUAAGGGAAAAUCUUUUUUUUUUUCAUCCCCUGGGUGGGGAGGGAGGUAGAGGAUUUUGGUUAUGCAAUAAGAAAAUUUAACUGAUCCCCUUAUAUUGCUCUGUAAUAUUCUUAUGAUUUCCCCUCAUUGGCAGGCAAUUUUUUUAUAACUCACUUUUAGGCAUCCAGUUGACAGCAUAAAAUCCCCCUGAAAACCAUGCAAUUCUCCCCAAAAUCCUCUGACUCCUGGUAAUUAAAGGUGAUGGGCACCUUGUUCCUUGGAGCCUUGGGUUUGUAUAGGUCCUGGAAAACCAAAAAAGUCCUGGAAUUUUUAUUGUGACAUUCUCCACGAAUGGAAAGUCUUGUAUGAAAGUGUUUGAGCUUGUAUAAUCAGUGUCUUUUUCAUUAUGGAUAGGUUGUGAUCAUGUGAUAGACAAAUCUAAAGAAAACAUAUGGGAAGCAUCCAAGGUCUAUGUUCCCAAAGGGUUCCAAGUUGUCUUUGAUGCCAAUGGAGUGGAGACUUUACAGGCGAGCUAUAAUCACUUGGCACCUGGUGGAAAAUUAGUUGUUUAUGGUAUGUGCCUUUACUCGGUAAAGUAGUGUCUUCACAGAACAUCAAUCUCAUUGUGAGAGGGUGUACUUCUCUUGCAUCUUGGUCAAUGCAUUCAUAAGGAUUUGCAUGUAGUACCUUCAAGAUAUUCAAUUGCAUAUGAGGCAUAGCAGCUUGUUAAAGAACUCUUUGACCAAGUGCUAUGCUUAAAUAGACCACUGCAUUUAUCUGGUUGCAGAGUUCAUGUAGGUUUUUAUUACAGCUUGGGAAAGAAUUCUUCAAAUAAGUGCUGCUCUGGGACUGCUCCACUAAUAUGCUUAAGCUGUGCUUAUUAACUUUUUUGUCCCAAAAACGGCCCUUAUUUGAGGGAGAUACUUACUCAGGGAUAAUGCUUAUGCAAGUAAAUAUGAUAUGUUAUGGUCUUGGGUGAGACCCCUUAAAUUUCCUAGUGCCUCUUCCAUCCAAGAGUAUUAGUGGGUAUUGUCAAGAUGUUAGACAAACUUGAAAAAAUAUUGGGGCGUGAAUCUUGUGAUGGACUAGCACCCUAUCAAGGGAGGGGGGAAGAGGGCAAUAAUUUUUGUCACUUCUUGCCAUGGAAAGUAGGUUAAGCUCUGUUUAGAUGAACCACUUCACUUCAUAGCUGACUUUGUGUUUAUGCCUUUACAGGUUUUCAUACAAUGCUUCCCAAAUCCAGUGAUACUAGUUCUGGGAAUAUCAGUUUAUGGCAGUGGAUAAAAAUAGCAGUCAGCCUCUGGAACACUCCUAAAUUCGAUCCUGUGCAGGUACAAUUCAUGGUCUGUUCUAACACUCUCAUUUCAAUUUAUUAUUGAAGAUAUUACUGCAAUUUCAAGGGACUCUAUAGAGUUACAGACUAUUAGGAUGAGACUAAAAAUGAAGAGAGAGGUGAAUUGAUCAAUGUUUGGACUGCCUGACUGGCUGAUUGAAUGACUAACUGAGUGAAGGACUGACUGAUGGACUGACUGACAGACAGACACUUGAGUGACGGAUUGAAAGACUGACAACCAGCUAACAGCUAACUGACUGACUGAUAGACUUACUGACUCACAGAUUAACUGACCAAUUUACUGACUGACUGUCUGACUGACUGAAAUACUGCAACUGACUGGUUCAUUGACUGACUGACAGGCUGACUGAAACACUGACAAUCGACAGACUGUCUGACACUUGACCGGCUUACUGAUUGACAGACUAGCUGGCUGAUUGACUCAGUUACUGGCAACUGGAUGACUGACUGAUUUGACUGACUGACUGACUGACUGACUGACAACCCACUGAAUGUUUGGCUGGUAUAUUGGCAGACUGCUUAACAGACUAGCCAACAACUGACUGCUUGGUAGCCUAUCUGACUUACCAACUGACUGAGAACUAUCUGACUGACUUACUGGUUGGCAUGCUCAUUCACUUCCUGACCGAUUGCAUAUUCUCUGAUCUCAUUAGAUGACUGAUGAAAAUAAAAGUAUCAUGGCAUUCAAUCUGAGCUUUCUCUUUGAUCGACGAGACAUUUUGGAAGAGAGCAUGACGCAACUUCUAUACUGGGUAAAACAAGGCACCCUUAAAAUCAGCAAAGUGACUCCAUAUCCUCUGAAACAAGUGGCCAAAGCACAUAGUGAUUUGGAGUCAGGGAAAACUAUGGGCAAGCUUGUACUCACCAUGGAUGAAUGAUGACAAGAAAAACAGAACUGCAUGAGAAGCUCCUGACAGUAUUAACUCUUGUUAAAAUAAAAAUUGUAAGCACUCACGUAAGGGAACACAAUUUUCACAGUAAGAUGGAACAGAUGAUCCAUGGCUAACUUUUUUGUCAGUAAAGAUGACUGAAUAAAAUUGUGACACCAGCACAGAGGCCUGCGUUUGUUUGUUUAUGAUAAUGAUUUGUCACUCUUGGUUGUGGCGAGGGUUUGCGGUGAAGCGGUAUUGCGUAAUUUUUGGUAGGGGUUUUUCGGGAAUUUUUAUUUUAGCAUGCAGCAUUUUUUUUCGAAGGCUAUGCUUUUGCGGCUUCAACACAAUUUAGGUUCCCGUAAUCGGCAUUAAAAAGGGCUUUCGAUAGCCAUGUUAGAACUUGUUGUGUUUCACAGGAGGGUCGUGUCACGCCAUCUUCGAUCCUCUCGCUUUUGGUGUGGCUCAGUAGACGACUACAAAAGGCUCACACUUUGCGCAUUCAGAUAAUAUUUCUAGUGUCAUACUGAAGCCUUGUUCUGUUUAUUCCCACGCAAUAUUGCAGUUUUGUUUCGUUAAUUGUUGUGGUUGAGCCGCGGUCUAGACUUCAGACUGGCGGAAAUGAGAGAGAGAGAGGCUUGAGGCAAAUACAAGUAACGCCUGACUGAAUUUGACCAAUACAUCCUUGAACUCUGAUCAUAAGUUGGAAUAUUCUAGCUUCAAGAAAAUUCGCUCCUUUCACUGUAUUUUUUUCCAGCGUCUUUAACCAUGAUUUCCAUCCCUUCUGCAGGUGGAUAUGAUAAGCUCGAAUACAAGGAGCUUUCAGAAGGUGAAUUUACCGAAGGUGCUAACAUCAGAAUGAAUGAUAACAUCACAGAAGACGAUCUCGUUGUUGUGAAGACUUAUGCAAGCGGUGUGAACUACGCCGAUGUUUGCAUUCGCUGGGGUGUAUACGAGUCAGCAAAGAAAUUUGUUGGAUGGCCGAUCACUCCUGGAUUUGAAUUUAGCGGAGAAAUCGAAAGCAAAGGCAAAAAUGUGACGAAGUUUAAAAUCGGCCAAAAAGUAUUCGGAGUGUCGCUAUUUGGAGGGUACUCGAAGCGGGUUAGAGUACCUGAGCAUCAAAUAUUUCCAAUGCCGGAAAAUCUUGACAAGAACGAAGCAGCUGGUUUCCUGACUGUGGCUUUGACAGCUUGGUAUGGGUUAUUUGAACUUGCAAGACCCAGGGGUGAAAGCUGGAUACUCAUUCACUCUGCCGCUGGAGGGGUGGGAAGUAUGCUGGUUCAACUCGCAAAGAUCCGUGGUUGUCACGUGGUGGGCGUAGUGGGCGGAAGUCAUAAAGUGAACGUGGCCAAAGAAUUAGGUUAGUUAACUCCACUGCUGAAGUAACAUACUUCAGCACUUUUCUGCAAGAAAUCAACUAUAGAGUUUGAAACUUAGGGAACAUCACUUUUUUUUAUCCCCUGGGUGGGGAGGGAGGCAGAGGAUUUUGGUUAUGCAACAAGAAAAUUUAACUGAUCCCCCUAUAUGGCUCUGUAACAAUCUUAUGAUCCCCUCUUACUGACAGUCAAUUUUCUAUAUUCUUCCAUAGUUCUCCUGUUGACAACAAUGAAUCCCACUUCUGUUCCCCCUGAAAUCCAUGUGAUCCUCACUAAAAUCCUCUGACCCCUGGCAAUAAUUAGUGACAGGUGCCUUACUCCUCAGGGUUUGUAUGGGUCUUGGAAAACCAGGACAGUCUUGAAAAACCAGGACAGUCCUGGAAUUUUAUGCUGACAUUUUCUAGGGCUUGAAAGUCUUCUAUGAAAUUGUAGGAAACUUGUAUACUCAGUGUCUUUUUGUUAUGGUUAGGUUGUGAUCAUGUGAUUGACAAAUCUAAAGAAAACAUAUGGGAAGCAUCCAAGUACUAUGUUCCCAAAGGGUUCCAAGUUGUCUUUGAUGCUAAUGGAGUGGAGACUUUACAGGAGAGCUACAAUCACUUGGCACCUGGUGGAAAAUUAGUUGUUUAUGGUAUGUGCCUUCUCUCAGUUAAGUGGUGUCUUCACACAACUUCAAUCUCAUUGGGAUAGGGUACACUUCUCUCACAUCUAACUUCAUGAAUUCAAAAGGGUUUACAUUUAGUACCCUCAAGAUUCCCAAUUGCAUAUAGGGCAUAGCAGCUUGUGAAAGAACUCUUUGACUAAGUGCUGCACUUUAAUGGACCACUGCAUUUAUCUGAGGACAGAGUUUAUUAACAUUUUAUUGCAGCUUGUGAGAGAAUUCUUCAAAUAAGAGCUGAACUGGGACUGCUGCACCAUUAUUCAUAAGCUGUGCUUUUUAACUUUUUUGUCCCCAACACAGCCCUUAUUUGAGGGGGAUGCUUAUUCAGGGGUAAUGGUUAAGCAAGUAAAUAUGGUAUGCUAUGGCCUCAGGCAAGACCCCUUAAAUUGCACUGUGCUUCUUUUCAUAUAGGAAUAUUAGUGGGUACUGUCAAGAUUUUGGACAAACCUGGAAAAAUUUUGGGGCAUGAAACUUGUGAUGGACUGGUGCCCUAUCCACAGGGGUUUCAAUACUUUUUGUCACCUCUUGUUGUGGAAAGUGGGAUGAGCUCUGUUCAGAUGAACCACUCCACUUCAUUGCUGACUUAGCAUUUAUGCCUUUACAGGUUUUCAUACAAUGCUCCCCAAGUCUAGUGAUACUGGAGCUGGGUACAUCAGUUUAUGGCAAUGGAUAAAAAUAGGAAUCAACCUCUGGUACACUCCUAAAUUUGAUCCUUUGAAGGUAAAAUUCAUGCACUCUGAUAUUCUCAUUUCAAUUUAUUAUUGAAAAUAUUACUGCAAUUUCAAGGGACUCUGUGGAGUUACAGACUAUUAGGAUGAGACUAAAAAUGUCAAGAGAGGCCAAUUGAUUGAUGUUUGGACUGACUGACAAGCUGAUUGACUGCCAGACUGACUGACUGACUGACUGACAGAUAGACACUUGACUGACUGAUAGAAAGACUGACAGACCAGCUAACAGCUAACUGACUGACUGAUAGACAGACUGACUAACCCACAGAUUAACUGAAUGACUGACUUACAGACUGACUGAGUGACCAACUGACUUAUGGACUUACUGACUGUUAGAGUGACUGACAGACAGACACUUGACUGACUGAUUAAAAGACUGACAGACCAGCUGACUUACUGACUGAAAGACUGAAACUGACUGGCUGACUGACUGACUGACUCUCAGACUGACCAACUGACUGGCUCACAUACUGACUGAUAGACUGAAACUGACAGGCUGAUUGACUGACUGAUGGACACUGACUGACAACUGACAGACUGUCUGACACUUUACUGACUGAUUGUUUGACAGGCUUGCUGAGUGGCUGGAUUGACUGACUGACUCACUAACAACCCACUAAAUAUUUUGGCUGGUGGAUUGGUAGACUGAUUGACAGAGUGGCCAACAACUGACAGACUGUCUGACACUUUACUGACUGAUUGAUUGCCAGGCUGGCUGAGUGGUUGAAUUGAAUGACUGACUGAUAACCCACUGAAUAUUUGGCUGGCAGUUAGCAGACUGAUUGACAGGCUGGCCAACAACUGGCUGACUGCUUGGUGGCCUGGCUGACUUACUAACUGACUGAGAAUUACUGAUUGAUACACUCAUUCACUUCCUAACCAAUUGCACAUUCUCUAAUCUCAUUAGAUGACUUCAGAAAAUAAAAGUAUCAUGGCAUUCAAUCUGAGUUUUCUCUUUGAUCGACGAGAUAUUUUGGAAGAAAGCAUGGCACAACUUCUAUACUGGGUAAAACAAGGCACCCUUAAAGUCAGCAAAGUGACUCCAUAUCCUCUGAAACAAGUGGCCAAAGCACAUAGUGAUUUGGAGUCAGGGAAAACCAUUGGUAAGCUUGUACUCACCAUGGAUGAAUGA